CUGAGACGUCGCUCCUAUGGCAACCAAAGAGCCUGCACUCCCAGGCCCAUCUUGGAGCUUGCGGUCUGAUUCUAAACUGGGCCCUACGCAGAGCCUCCUCCACUGGGCAGCCAGACUACGAUGCCCAGUGAAACUCUCUGGGAAAUUGCAAAAGCUGAAGUGGAAAAACGGGAACGUAAUGGAAGUGAAGGUGAUGGAGUUGAAAUUGGAGAAAAAUCUGUUUUCUUCAUUGGCAGUAAAAAUGGGGGAAAGACUACUAUUAUUCUAAGGUGUCUUGACAGGGAUGAGCCACCAAAACCGACCUUAGCUUUGGAAUAUACGUACGGAAGAAGAGCAAAAGGGCAUAACAGACCAAAAGAUAUUGCUCACUUAUGGGAACUAGGUGGAGGAACCUCCUUAUUGGACUUAAUCAGCAUACCAAUCACAGGUGACACCUUAAGGACAUUUUCUGUUGUUCUUGUUUUGGAUCUUUCAAAACCUAAUGACCUUUGGUCCACCAUGGAAAAUCUGUUGCAAGCCACAAAAAGCCAUGUAGAUAAACUGAUAAUGAAACUGGGAAAGAUAAAUUCUAAAGCAGCUUCUGAAAUGAGACAGAAGAUGUGGAGUAAUAUGCAGAAGGACCAUCCGGAUCGUGAAUUAAUUGACCCAUUUCCAAUACCUCUGGUCAUCAUUGGAAGUAAAUAUGAUAUUUUUCAGGAUUUCGACUCUGAGAAGAGAAAGGUAAUAUGCAAGACACUUCGAUUUGUUGCACAUUAUUACGGAGCCUCGUUAAUGUUUACCAGUAAAUCAGAAGCUCUGUUACUGAAAAUACGGGGAGUUAUCAACCAGUUGGCUUUUGGCAUUGACAAAAGCAAAUCAAUAUGUGUGGAUCAGAAUAAACCGCUGUUUAUCACAGCAGGAUUGGAUUCUUUAAGUCAUAUAGGAUCUCCUCCUGUUCCUGAUAAUGACAUUGGAAAGCUUCAUGCCCAGUCACCAAUAGAUUUAUGGAAAAAAGUGUAUGAAAAGCUCUUUCCACCAAAGAGUAUCAACACACUAAAAGAUAUCAAGGACCCCGCAAAAGACCCUCAGUAUGCUGAAAGUGAAGUUGAUGAAAUGAGAAUUCAGAAGGAUCAGGAACUGGAACAGUACAAAAGAAGUUCUUCCAAGUCUUGGAAACAAAUUGAGCUGGAUUCUUGAACCUAAUUCAACUAUAGUGUGUUUAUUUCUUCUUUCUCAAAUACAAGUAAGAUUAUUUUAUUAAUAUUAGCUGAUUAAUAAAUUAGAUAUUAUGGUAAUAAAUGAAGAAAGUUAAGAUGUGUAAUUUGUUCAAGGAAAAAUGAAUUUAUUGCAUUAGUGCCACCCCUGGUUAUUUUUAAGUCAUUUAGAGAGGAAAAAAUUUGUGUAACUGUAUAACAUUUUUUAAAAUAAAAAGAAUCUUCUACUAUCUUUCUCU